AACUAAGGCCGCAAUCAGAUCACGGAGACACAGGUUUUUUAUGUCUAUGUAAUUUCUGAGGGCUGGGUUUCCCUUCCCUUCCUUUUCUCUCCAGUCCUCCAAGCGCGUGCGCUCGAGACCAAACAGCAGUUCUCCAAAAGUCGCGAUGCGAUUUUGGAGUGUCCUCGCCUUCACAAUCCAUGUGCUUCCCGCUCAGCCCGUUGCACCCUGUCCCUCCCAAAUACCGCGGCUCAGGAAGCCGAGUUUGGGGUCAUCAUCCCGUCGAACCGAGGCCUAUAAUCACAUUUGCUCCUGCUUAACCGAUUCAUUCCCAAUAGAUGGUUGCGUUGGUGCAACGAGCUCGUACUGGGGUCAGGGCCUACAACCUGGACCUGGAAUGACCAUCUCGGUUUGCGGUGCUAAGAUCACGGUUCUCAACAACCAAACAUGGCGCAGCUCAGAUGGGGCAACCGGGCUUUGUUAUCCGGUCGCGGCUAUCACGGCGUGCUCGAAUAAACUCUAUGAAAAUUGCCUAUAUUCCGAUUGGGUGUGGUGCGCGUCGAGCUUGUGCAACUAGAAGGGGAAGUUGGUCUCAGGAUCUGGUGGAGUCGGCACGUUGUGACCCUAGCAAAAAUUACAGCGUGUGAGAAUGCACUAAGCCUGCCUAGGUCAUCGGCAUCCGGAAGCCGCGUCAAUCGAAGCGCUCGACACGUUCGUGUUUCAUCUCAGUAGUGCUGGAGCGGCUAGCAGUUGUCUA